UCGGGGCGCCGUCGGGGUCCCGGGGAAGCCGCGAGUCGCGGUCCCAGGACGCUAGACAUGGAGGGCGGGGGCUCCUCAGACUUACCUGUCCGAGUCCCAGACGACGACCAGCCGGAGGGGCAGGGCAGCGAGCCGGCGGCCUCCGAGGACCCGGGGACCCUGGAGAGCUCCACGCUGCUCCCCAAAAGGAAGGGUCUGGAGGCCCCUGAGGAGGAGGAGGAGUUCCAGGGCCCCCUGAGGGAGCAGGACCUGAAGGAGGCCUACAUCCAGCUGGUCCACGGCGUGCAGGAGUGGCAGGACGGCUGCGUCUACCAGGGGCAUUUCGGGCUGGACAUGAAGCUGGGGUAUGGAGAAUUCUCGUGGCCUACGGGCGAGUCCUACCACGGGCAGUUUUAUCGGGACCACCGCCACGGCUUCGGCACCUACGAGUGGCCCGAUGGCUCCCGUUUCACGGGCAUGUUUUAUCUCAGCUUCCGAGAAGGCUACGGCACCCUGUACAUGAAGACAAAGCUCUUCCAGGGGCUGUACAAAGCCGACGAGCGGUUCGGGCCGGGCGUUGAGACCUACCCCGACGGCUGCCAGGACGUGGGGCUGUGGUUCCGGGAGCACCUGGUCAAGCUGUGCACAGAGAUACCCAGCGGCUUCUCCAUGCGCAGCUACCCGGAGUUCGCGGGCUUCCUCAGGCACUGCCCCGCCCGAGUCAGCCUCUCCGAGGAGGAGACCAUGCAGUGGGACCUGCAGGAGGAGCGGGACCCGUUUUUCUAUGACUACAAGCGCUUCCUGCUGAACGACGACCUGAUUCUGCCUCCGGACCUGUACAUCUACUCCACCGACAACACCCACAUGCCCAUCACCCGCUCUUUCCGCAGGGACCUGGACUCCCGGCUCUUCCUGCACGACAUCCCUCCAUUUGUUGAGGACGGAGAACCCUGGUUCAUCAAAAAUGAGACCCCUUUGAUGGUCAAAAUCCAGAAGCAAGCUUACAAGUUCAGGAACAGGAAGGAGCACUCCAGCUGGAACAUGGGCGCCAUCCUGGAGGGGGACCGGAGCGGCUUCGCCUGCCGUGGGCCCAGGGAGCGGCUUGCCAGGGAGAUGAUCUUGAAGGCCGAGGAAGGGAACUACGACUGGAUUUUUGGGAUCCUGAGGGACAACCUUGCUAGUCCCGACGUGGCCGAUGCGCGGGGCUACACCGUGCUCGCCGCGGCUGCAGUUCACUGUCACACCAACAUCGUCAACCUGCUGCUGGACAACGGGGCCGACGUGAACAAGUGCUCGGACGAGGGCCUGACGCCCCUCAGCAUGUGCUUCAUUGUCUACUACUCGACCAGGUCCUUCAAGGCCAACAUCGCAGAGAGGACGGUGCUUGAGCCCCAGUUUUUUUCAAAGGAAGUUCCAAAACUCACAGUCACUCAGAGCCACUCCGCACUCCGCAACGCAGCCUCCACGUACUCUGACCCGUUGGCACCCACGCCAGGCAGCCAGGAGUCCGUUGGCCAGAGGGGCAGCCCCCAGAAGUGGGCGUCCACACCGCCCAGGGGCAGCGUCAGCGAGGUGGACCGGGGGCUGGGUGACACCCUGGAGAGCCUGGACCAGUGCUCGCUGUACACUGCUAGCGAGACCAACUUCGAGUCCAACCUGUGCGUACAGAACUUCCCCUUUGAGCUGUCGCGGGACAUGCUGGAGAGGAGCGCCCAGGCCUAUAGCAUGCUCCAGGUGUCCUCCGGGGACACGGGCUCUGACAAAGGGACCAUGAGGCAGAUGGCGCUGUCCAUGAUCGAACACAGAAACAGGUGGCUGACCAUCCACCGCCUGCUGCACCGAGGCGCUGACCCCAACCUGUGCCGCGUGCCCAUGCAGGUCCUGUUCUUCCCUGUGAAGGCCGGGGACGUGGACGGGGUGAAGCUGCUGCUCGAGAACGGUGCCAGGACAGACAUCCAGUUCCCCCCCGAGCUGGGGGCCCUGACCCCCCUCCACAUUGCAGCUGCCCUUCCUGGGGAGGAGGGAGUCAAGAUCACGGAGCUGUUGCUCCACGCGAUCACAGACGUGGACGCCAGGGCGACCGACCAGGACGAUGUCUACAAAGCGAGCAAGCUGGACCUGCUGCCUUCAAGCAUGAAGCUCAACAACGAGACAGGCCCGCCGAGCAUCUACUACAGCACAUGCACGUCCGUCCCUGAUGAGGGAGGCAGGACCCCUCUGCACGUGGCCUGUGAGCGGGAGGACAACCACAGGUGCGCCAGGGACAUCGUCCAGCUCCUCCUGUCCCACAGGGCGAACACCAGCCUGCUGUGGAGCGGCCACUCCCCGCUCUCCCUGUCCAUCGCCAGCGGGAAUGACCUGGUUGUAAAGGAGCUGCUGUCCCAUGGCGCUGACCCCAACCUGCUCCUGACCAAGGGCUUGGGCAGUGCCCUGUGUGUGGCCUGUGACAUCUUCUACGAGCACUGGAGGAGCAUGGACAGGAGGCUGGCCCUGAUCGACCAGCUCAUCAAUUACGGGGCUGACAUGCUGGCCCCAGUGACGCUCACGCAGGGGGACAAGGUGGCCGUGGGCACCGUCGUAGACUACGGGUAUUUCAAGUUCUACCAGGACCGGAAGAUCGCCCACUGCCCCUUCCACACGCUGAUGCCGGCGGAGCGGGAGAUCUUCCUGGCCCGGAAGCGGCUCCUGGAAUACGUGGGCUUCCAGCUGCGCCGUGCCGUCCUGGCCAAGGAGGGCCAGUGGGACCCGAAGCUGCUGUACCUGAGCAAGAGAGCACAGCUGAUGCCCUGCCACAGGCUGAAGCAGAAGGGCCCCAGCCCAUUCCGGGUGCAGCACUUGGAGGAGCUGGAGCAGAUUCCCUUCUUCAAGUUCUGCUCCCAGUGUGGCCGCUCGGUCGGGGUGCGCCUGCUGCCCUGCAGCCGCUGCUACGGGAUCCUGACCUGCAGCAAGAGCUGCAAGACCAGAGCCUGGAUGGACUUCCACGGCAGGGACUGCAGCACCCUGAUGGCCCUCGGGCGUCUGUAUCUGCCCAUGUUCAAGCAGCAGCCCCAGAAGCCCCCGAAGUCCGUGGACAAGUGCCAGAAGCCUAGGUGUCCGCAGUACCAGAAGAAAAUAUGCUCCAGCUACAGCCAGGAAUGAGCAGUGACCGCCAGCUGCCCGAGGCUGAGUGGGCCCCAGGCUGCCCCAGUGCCCAGGGAGGGAAGGAGCUGGGCACCAGGCACCCUGGGCUCUAAAAGGGGUGAGGCAGGCCGGAGGUGACUGCUCUGCAAGUAUCCAGAGGCCCCACUGCACCCAGGCCAGCAGGAGCUGCAGUGCCUGGGGGACCUGUCUGUCCUGCGGGGGGCCCUGCCCCUCA